AUGAAUAGAUCCGAUCGUUUCAUUGUACGCUUCAUGAUCAUUUUCUUUAUUUCCGUGGCUUUUGUCACUUCUGACGUUACAAUUAAUACACCAAUCGGUAAAAUCGCGACAGGUGCUCGAAUUCAAGUUAGUUGGGAUAUCACGGAUUCAGCACCAACUUUACUCGGUAGUCUUCGUAUCCAAAAUAAAAAUACUGGUGAAUCAACUACAAUUAAUGAUCAACUUGAUCUAACUCUUCGUAGACUUCAAUGGAAAGUUAAUGUACAACCUGGUACAUAUGUUUUUGCUAUAAAUGAUGGUUCCGGUGAAAGAUUUUCUGGUGAAUUUCAAGUUGCUCAGGGAACUCCUGUUGGAAGUGGUAAUACUGGUGGUGGUGGUAAUGUUGGUGAUACAACUAAAGUAGGUGAUACAACUAAAAAAAGUGAUGAUAAUAAAGGUGUGAAUCAAGUGAAUAACGAUAAAGCAAAGACAAAUGGUGAUUCAAAAUCUGUGGGUCAAAAGAGUUCAGUAACCUUUACUCCUACAUCAUCUAAUGACUUACCUAAAUCACAAGCUCCUAAGAGUCCUUCUGCUCCGACGAAUAGUGUUCAAUCGGCUCGCAAAUCUGAUGCUGUUAUGAUGAAUCCUAAGGCUGGAAUGCUGUUAAGCCUUGGAACUAUUGUAAUUUUUAUUAUGCAAUUCUUUUGA